CUGUGAUGAUCUGUUAUGGUGUUAUGUGAGGAGGGUUUUUAUCGUGAGGAUCUGGCCUCCCGCGCGCAGUCCGCUGUGGGAGCUGAAGCUGAUGGAGGCGCGAUGGCUCCGUUUCCCGACGAGGUGGAUGUUUUUACCGGGCCUCACUGGCGAAUGAAGCAGCUGGUGGGGCUCUACAGCGAGAAGCUGUCCAACACCAACUUCUCCAACAUCAGGGACUUCCGCUCGUUCCUGCAGUCGCUCCUGGCCGUGUUUACGGAGUUCAAGAUGCACGAGCAGAUCGAGAACGAGUGCAUCAUGGAGCUGCUGCAGGAGCGCAGUCAGACCGUGUAUCACGUGCACGCAGACAACAAGCUCUCUGAGAUGCUGUCGCUGUUUGAGAAGGGGCUGCGCAGCGUCAAGAGCGAGUACGAGCAGCUGAAUUACGCGCAGCAGCUGAAGGAGAGGCUGGAGGCCUUCACGCAGGACUUCCUUCCUCACAUGAAGGAGGAAGAGGAGGUGUAUCAGCCGAUGCUGAUGGAGUACUUCUCGUACGAGGAGCUGAAGGACAUCAAGCGUCAGGUGAUGCUGCAGCACUGUAGUAAUCGCUCGUGGAGCUCCGCCGCAGACCUGCUGAAGGGCCUGAACCUCUGGAGCCACGCCGAGGAGCUGCACAAGGCCUUCAAAUACUCCGACCACGAGAAGACCGAGGACGAUGUCGUGUGUAAGUGCUGCUGGGGCUUGUUUCCAUCAGAGCGGGGCAGCGAGCGCGUGUCGGUCUCGGUGCUGCCGCAGGAGCUGCUGCUGAGGGUCUUCAGGUUUCUGGGGCCGGAGGAUCUGUGUCGCUGUGGACAGGUGUGCAGCGUCUGGGAUCAGGUGUCUAAGACCGGCUCCCUGUGGAGACACCUGUACCCCGUCCGCUGGGCUCGAGGUGAUUAUUACAGCGGUCCUCCGGGCGAGUCGGACCAGGAUCCGGAUGAGGAUUGGGUGAAGAGUCUGCAGGACGAGGGACGAGCCUAUCAGGAGUGGGACGAGGACGCAGACGUGGAUGAAUCGGAGGUGUGUGAGGAGUCUCCAGCCAUCAGCGCGGUUCAGAGAGAGAAGAGGCUGCUCAAUGGGAUCGUCCAGAACCUGCUGCCCGCCGUCGGUCCGUCCGUGCGCUCGCUCAGUCUGGCCUACAGCUCGGCCGUCUCCAGCAAGAUGGUGCGACAGAUCCUCAGUUUGUGCCCAAACCUGACUCACCUGGAUCUCACGCAGACUGACGUCUCCGACUCUGCCUUUGACAGCUGGGCGGAGUUCGGGGCGUGUCGCACUCUGGAGCGGCUGGAUCUCUCGGGAUGCGACAGAAUCACGGACCGCACACUGAAGAUCCUGUCGCUGGGAUUGGGCGACUUAACGACGUCCAGCCCGGAUCGCAGAGCCAAGCUGCUGAGAGCCCCGCCCUCUCCCAUCAAUUUCCAGGACGAGUGUUCGCUCCCACCAAUGGGACGCAGCUGCCAUGAUCUCAUUUUCAAGCGGAGACCUGGUGGGCGUGGCUCCGGGUGUGGCCCCGCCCACGUGUGGGCUCUCAACCCGUCCAAACUCGCCGACAUCGAGGAUGCAGCCGACUGGAGCAAACGAGGGGGCGUGUCUGUGCAGGAAAAGGGGCGUGGUGACAGCUCGUGCUGCUGUAGGAGGAGCCGGAGGCGGAGCUUCAGGACUGGUGUUAGCUCCUCCCCCUGGCAGUACGGCUCUAUGGGCGAGGCCCUCUGUGGUCACUCCACCUGCUGUACCUCCGACGUGGCGCUCUGGACUGUGAGAGCAGCGCACGGUGACCUCCAGGCCACCGGGGGCAGUGUCGAGUUUCGGACUAAAUGCUCGUUUGAGGGUGAAUCUUGCCCCGAGCAUCCUCACAACAGGACUGACCAAUCAGGAGCCUAUCGGGCGCUCAGGUUCCUCAGCCUGUCCGGAUGCUAUCAGAUCACGGAUCUCGGCCUGAGGUGUCUGUCUCAGCGUGGAGGACUCCCUCUGCUGGUGCAUCUCAAUCUCUCCGGCUGUCUGUUCAUCACGGGGGCGGGGCUUCAGGAGCUGGUGACCGUUUGCCCCUCCCUCAACAUCGAGCACUUUUACUACUGUGAUAACAUUAACGGUCCUCAUGCUGACAAGGCCAGCGGGUGUCAGAAUCUGCAGUGUGGCUUCAGGGCUUGCUGUCGAUCCGGAGAGUGAUGCUCUUUAGUCUGUAUUCCUCUCUUUACCCCCCCCCCCCAUCCCUCUCUCAUCUCUCAUCCAUGUGCACUUUAAUCAGGAAAUUUGUAAGAGAUGCUCUUCGACGCAAUUUGAAGUUUCCCUAAAAUCAAGUGAAACUCGGCAUCGCAAACCAUCAUCUGAGAGCUAUUGUGAAGGAACUAAAGGAUGUAUAUGUGUAAAUAAAUCAGUUGUCUGUUCAGGCUCACGUGGGAUGGAAGAUGCUCUUUAAAUGGACAUUUUGAGUGCUUUAAGAUGCCAGUUCAGUUAGCGUGGGUUUUUUUGUUUUGAGUAUUUCACCCAGGCACAUUUAAAGUCCGUCUCAAGCUCAAUUCUGAUUUUACUGAGCCAUUACUUUAGGUUUAAUGUUAAAAUCACCUGCUUUGGUUCCUCUACUUUGGACUAAUAAGGUCUUGAAUAGGAAAAUACUCUAUAUAAGUUAAUAGGCUUGAGUUCACAAGCUCAUUGAAUCCAAAAUAAACCCGUUAAUAACCAGUGUUCAUAACCUGAUGAGGAAAUGACCGGAUGACUCCCAAAUAUUCUCUCCAGAGCUUUAUUGAGCGAAACAUAAUCUGUGAUUAAAUAUCUGGCAACCGUGUUAAAGUAGGAGCGUGUCCCCUUAAUUCAAGCUUUGGUUGGUUAAAAAAAAAAGUGGGUUGUGUGCUGUAAUAAUUCCUGGGUAUGUUAUACUCGUUAAUUCUCCACUCAUUUUUCGUUUUUUUGUUUGUUUUUUUUUUAGAUGCUGCAUGAUCCGUUUCUUUUGAGUUCAUUAGCUGACCAUUAAAAGCACCUUGAGAUAACA